UUGUCUCUGGUACUCGCUUGUCACCUGUGAUGUGUGAAUUGUGUUUAUGUUUUAAAAUAACUAUUGCCAAAAUCUAAAUUUGAAUUUAAUAGAAGAUAACUAUUGAUUGGGAUAUACAACGCUUAACAAAAUAUUCAUAUUUUUUUGUUAUUACAUGAUCCAUAAAUAAACAAAAAUAUGCUUGGCUAUUCCAGCGCUGGGAUCCCGGAUAAGUCAUGGCAACCUUCAGUGGCAGUACUCGAAACAACAAUGGGCAGCAUGGUAGUAGAAAUGUAUUGGAAGCACUCUCCGCUCACAUGCAGAAACUUUAUGGAACUAGUUCGCAGGGGCUAUUACAACAAUACAAGAUUUCACAAAGUUAUACGAGAUUUUAUGAUACAGGGUGGUGACCCAACCGGAACGGGGAAAGGAGGGCAAUCUAUCUAUGGUCCACACUUUGAUGAUGAAAUUACAUCAGAAUUGAAGCACAGUGGAGCAGGAAUCUUGUCCAUGGCGAAUGCCGGCCCUAAUACAAAUGGCUCUCAAUUUUUCAUCACUUUGGCACCGACACAGUGGUUGGAUGGCAAGCACACUAUUUUUGGUCGUGUACAACAUGGCAUGUCUGUUGUAAAGAGAAUAGGUUUAGUGGAAUGUGACAAGGAUGAUUGUCCUGUAGACGAUAUACGAAUUGAUAGGGCUUACAUCCCAAAGUGAAUAUUUAAUAAUAUUCCAUAAUCUAUAAAAAAUUUACAGUUAAGGUAAUCAGUGCAAAGAAGCCUAACCUAAGUUUUUGUUUUAUAAAUUAGCUUUCAUACAUUAGUAUUUUCAUGACAUAACAGGAUUAACUUGCAUAUUUUACAAUUUUUAUCUUACCUGGGCAUAAUGCAAUGCUGACCUAAACUAGUUCCGUUUUUGUUUAGUCUCAGGGUUAAGCCCGUUUUGCCAGAAUGCCUUGAGAGCUUAAAUAUUUGAAAAAUAUUGAUAAUAUAGGGUACAUUUUUUUGUAUUUACUAAUAGAGAAAUUCAUUAGCUUUAGCAUUAUUGUGUAGUAAUUGUACAUACUAUUUGCCUUUAUCAUGUUCAAACCAGAGUAUUUUGCCAUGCAAAAGAGUUAUGUCAUCUGUAAAUAUUUGGGGAGAAUUAAUAGUUCUCUUACAUAAUUCCAAUUGUAUUGUAUUUGAAUCAAAAUUCAACCAAUUGUUUUUCCAUAAUGAGACGCGAAAAAAUAUUAAUUUAUAAAGCAAUGUGACUAAAAUGCAUUGUAAAGUUAGUUACAUGCAUUGUAAAGGCUGAAGUGUUUUUUAUGGAAAAUUGAGUAUUUUUAGUCCAUCCUAACCCCCUUUAUCAUAAACAUUAUUUAUCUAAGGACGGAGCAUUGCUGUGAAAACCAAUCUGUUUCUCAGCUUUAUUUAUCUGACAUUUUGCUGUUUGUUCAGGUUUGUUAAUCUGACACCCAAUUAGAUUAAAGUUGUAUCUCAAUAUUAGCCAAUCACAUCGCCCCUAUGUCUACGCACUGCGAAGGCUGCCAUGCCGUCAACACUGAGAAACAGACUUGUGAUAGAUUUAUAGAUGAAUAACAUUUAUGAAUUAGGGCGAUAAUAUUUUGUCUAACAUAAAUAAUUGUCAUAGCUCUUCACAAAUAUAUUGUGUAAUAAAUAAUAAACAAUUGAAUAUGCAAUUUCGGAAAGGGCAUAUCUCAUAAAUAUAAUACAUAUCUAGAUUUAUAUCGAGAAAUGUAAACAUGAUAACAAAUAACACCAAAAAAUUUGUAAUAUUUGAUUGCUAAUUGAACCCAAAAAUAAAUUUUAAUUUUUGACACAGCUUUAGAAAAUUUUAAUUUUUUUACUUUUAAAUUUUCGGCUAUGUGCUCUUUUCGAAAUAGCAUAUUUAAUUGAAUUCUUUGUUUCCGUUAACAAACGAUUUCAGACUAAGUCUAAUGUUUAUACACUUGUUCGACAAGGGAACUAUUACAAAAUCGUAAAAGUGUACCACAUAAACAAUGCAUAAUGUUUAUAAAAUAAAGCUACUGAGUAAUAAGUAA